CUAAUGCCUAAAAACAAUGCUUGAUUCAAUUGCCAUCAACCGUCACAUUACACCCGACAGUGGCCAGUUAUUCCGCGGAGCUCAGAUAUGUGAAAUAUCUUCCCAUUGCAUCGCUGAAACUAACGAUGGUAGGCGACUGCGGCCGGGUGCUCCGGUUGUGUGUCGAUUUUCCGAAAGCAACCGACGGUUCUUGUGUAGAUGGUUUGCUCCUGCAGGUGAACGUUUGGGUAGAAAAGAUCCGGUAUGCUAUGUUGACCGGUGUGUUCAACUGCUAUGUGAAGAUGCUGUUAGUGACUAUCCAGAACAUGCCAUUCCAUUGGUUAGCGAACUACAGAUGAUUACGGAGGAGCUGUGCUACUUUCAGAAAAUAGUUAUCAGUGUUAAAGUCGAUUGCAUGCUGUUAAAUUUGAAUCUAGUCAAAGAUCGUAAUCAGCUGACGAGUCUGUUGAAGGAUUCGUUACGUACAUUUUACUUUUGCAAAGACUGCCUUAUACGAUUGAACGAUGAGCCCGCUUGGAGUUUCGGUAUCAUUAGUGCAUUGAUAAGUGACACUUUGGGUUCGGGAAAAUAUGGUCAAAUCAAUGACGAGACGGUGGUAGAGUUGGCUUAUGUUACGUUCAAUUAUUCCCUGCUUAGUAAACAACUUGGAGGAUUGUCUGCCAUAAAAGACAAGAUUUAUACUCUUUUACAAAGCGAGUCCACCGAACAUAUUUUGCUUGCGGGACCGCCUGGCUCAGGAAAAACUUCACUUAUUAAUCAACUAGCACAGGAACUAAAUCUUCCGGUAUUUUACGUGCGUGGAUUAGAUUUCAUUAAAUCAUAUCCCGGUGAGACGGAGCUAGAAUUAAGAAAAAUUUUCGAUCGUGUUCGGCGGUUUAGAAAAGCAUUUGUAAACAAGUCCAAGUCUAUCCUACUUAUUAAAGAUAUCGAAAAUGUGUGCCCAAAACUAACCGGCAAGAAAGGCGACGAUUUAUCCAAUAUAAGCCGAAUUUCCAGUCAAUUCAUUGCUUUGCUGGAUAAUUUUCAGCAUAGCAACGAUUUCGUCACGAUAGCCACCACUACCCAAAUAGAAAGUUUGGAUUCAAGAGUUCGUCGUCCCGGCAGGCUUGGAGUUGAGGUUUUCAUUCGAAUGCCAUCCGAACAGCAAAGGAUAGAUAUAAUAGAGGCAGUUUCAAAGCACUGUAACUUCCGUUUGGAUGCGUCCUCACUGGAUGAAAUCGUAUCACGAACAUCUGGCUAUGCGGGAGCAGAUUUAGAGCUGCUUAUCCAUUCAAUUCAUCGAUCGUUUUCUGGGAAUCCUUUGAAAGGUAUCGCAUCUAACAUAGACGAGGGCUUAAAACGGGUUCGGCCUAAUUUAUUGAGAGACUCUAUUGGUCUAAUCAGUGGACUCAGCGAAACAUUAGACAUCAUCGGCGGAAUGGAUCAGUUGAAAAAAUCGCUCAGAACUUCGGUACUGGGACCGUUGCAGCAUCCGCAAGCGUUUCGAAGGUUCGGCUUGCACCCACUUAAAGGCAUUUUACUUUACGGACCUCCUGGUUGUGCCAAAACAACUAUCGCUCGCUGCUUGGCCGCAGAAUCUCGGAUGACUUUCGUGUCCGUAUCCGCCGCAGAGAUUUACUCGCCCUACGUAGGUGACGCAGAAAAGUUAAUCACUCGCCUGUUCAACCAAGCCCGGUUCAGUGCGCCAGCUGUUAUAUUUCUAGACGAAAUUGAUUCCCUAGUUGGCAAUCGCAGUUCGCAGGGCAUUCGAGCUAAUGACGUCCAUGUGCGGGUUCUGUCGACGUUGCUUACCGAAAUGGAUGGCAUGGGAUUAAGUGUUCAGUCGGCGAUCGGUAGCAGUGAGGAUUCAAAAAACAUUCUCGUUAUAGCGGCUACUAACCGGCCGGACAUGAUCGAUGAUGCACUGUUGCGGCCGGGUCGCUUGACGAAGCUCAUUCACGUUCCAGCACCGGAUGAGCAGGGAAGGCUAGCAAUAUUGGAAAAGGUGACGGAAAAGAUUCCUCUGGCGGACGAUGUCUGCUUGCGGGAGUUGGCCAAACGGACGGUGCGCUACUCGGGGGCGGAUUUACAGAAUCUUUGCUCGCAGGCUGCUCUUCACGGUGCGGCAUUGGACGAAAAAAUACAGCAGGUAACAAUGGAACAUUUUCAACAUGUUCUUCUUGAGAGUCGUCCAUCGCUAACGACCGAACAGGUUGAAUGGUAUUUCCGGUAUGAAGCAAGGCAUAAAAUUAUAUGA